CAAUAACUUGAACUGUAGUUGUAAUUCACUUUAAAAUAGCAAACAAGGCUCGAGAACAGCGAAUGGCGACUAAAAACAAUAAGAAAAGAUGCAUAUCUGCCGUAGACCCCGCGAUACAUCGCAAGAUGGGGCGCAAAAUGGAUGUAUUGUACCAAAGUAGUGGCAAGGAGUUAGGUUGCUCUGAAAUCGGCAAGGACGAGGACCAGACCAAGGAGAUGAAAGAUAGACUGUCGAAGAUGUCAAUUGUCAUGCAUACCAUGCUUCUCCAGUUAGCAUCAUCAGAAAGCCUCCUUCGUCGAGUGCAUGUGCCUGGUUUCUUAUUAGCUGUAGGUGGCAAGGUUGCUCUGCUGGAUAUGGACUCGCCUGGUGGCUAUGUGGCAAGGAUUCGCCGCUCAAAGCCUCUUGAGUACCCGACCUGUAGCGAUGACUAUGUCUCCAGAAUUGUUCCGUUGAUGAAGCUUGCACUGACGGGUUUAGUGAUCAUGCAAAAAACCAGAGUAGACAUCGUUAACACGGAAGUGGAGCUCGAAUUGUCUUUGUCCUUACGAUGGAUGCUUACAGCAUCAUUUGUUCCUUUGACUUUCUUAUUAACAAAGUCAUCAACUGCAGCAUGCUCAUAGGCAGCAUCUGUUUCCUCUUUCCUUAGUUGCCCUCUAUUCUUUGCACCCUAUCCUGUGUCCUUUCCUACAUUUUUUCCUACUUU